GCGGACGCUGGGUCUGGUUAGCAUAUAUCUCCGCAUACGCACUUAGGAAGUAGUGUACAGCUGAGUCGUGUCUCAGCGGUAACGCUUAACCUUUAUCCAGAAAAAAUAUAUAUACUGUGUAUACAAGUAAACCGUUAUAGCGUGGUUCCACUCGCGUGAAGAAUUAUCAAAUCUCGCAAAUAUAAGGCAGUGUCUAAACUGGCUGCACCAUGUCAGGAUGUGUGCCCAAGGUCCUCCUCCGCCGGGCGAGUAGUUUCCUAAAUUCCGCACCAUGGCGUGCACGAGGCACGCUCUCCAGUACGCUUAGUGAACCUGACCCUCUUGCAGUCGAUUCGACGCUGACCCAGGCCCCUUCACCGCCCGCGAAACUCAAGACAUACGAGCAGGUCCCGACCCCCCUCGGAUACCCGGUCCUCGGGACUCUGCCAGAGUUCGUGGCGGCGGGAGGCGUGCAGAACUUCCACAAGUAUGCCAUGCAGCGGCACCGCCAGUUGGGGAGCAUCUUCCGAGAGCGGAUUGGAGGGACAGACCUCCUGUUUGUGUCCGACCCCGCCACCGUCAGGCAGGUUUUUGCCGCUGAGGGACCCCAUCCACAGCACCACAUACCUGAGGCUUGGACUCUUUAUAAUCAGGACCGCCGGGUCUCCAGGGGCCUCUUCUUCAUGGAUGGUGAAGAGUGGAAAGCGAACAGAAGUGUGCUAAAUCGGCGGCUUCUUCGGCGCGGUUGCAUGGAGCCGCACCAGCGGGGUUUGGCGCAGGUGGCGGACCAGCUCCUGGACCGAUGGGUCUCCCGCCACUCAGGCCAGGUCAUCCCCGACCUCGAGCGGCAACUCUACCAUUGGGGAAUUCGCUCUCUCGGCGCCAUGGUCCUGGGCGACAGGACGACCCUCCUCGCCGACCCCUGCGACGACCGGCCUUCGCUCCUCGACGACUUCAGCGACGCCAUCCACGGCAUCUUCAGGCAGACGUGCGCCAUGGGCACCUUUCCGCCCACGCUCGCCAAGAAGCUGAGGCUGCCCAUGUGGGCGCGCCUCGCGGAUAGCUUGGACCGAUCUUUAGCUUAUGGAAACCGUUUGGUGCAGGAAGGAAUCGCGGAGGCCAGGAGGCGGCAGGGGGAGGGGGAGGAGGCCGUCCUCCUCUUGGAUCAACUCCUGCAGGAUAACGUGGGCGCAGAAGACGUCGCCAGGCUGCUAACCGAUAUGUUCCUCGCAGCUGCUGAUACGACCACCCACACGACCAUCUGGUCCCUGUACCUCCUGGGCAAACACCCCGAGGCUGCCGCCCGCAUUCGACAGGAAGUCCUGGAUGCCACAGGAGGUUCUGGAGAUGUACGGCUGGAGCACCUGGCAUCCCUGUCGUACCUGAAGGGUGUUGUGAAGGAAGCCUUGCGGUUGUAUCCUGUGGCGCCGUUCCAGACCCGCGCCUUGGCUACGGACACAAAUCUGGGAGGAUAUGUUAUUCCUGGAGGGACAAUGGUGGUGCUGUCAGUGUACGCGAUGGCCCGUGACGCCGCACACUUUUCCAACCCUGAUUCCUUCUGCCCGGAGCGAUGGCAACGCGACUUCUCCUCCAGCGCGUGUCCUGCUAACGGCACCUCUAGUAUCCCCAGAGACUCAAAAGGACGUCUUCAUUCCCACGCCUUCAUCCCCUUCGGCGUGGGUGUGCGGUCGUGUAUCGGGCGUCUAGUGGCUGAGACGCAGCUCCAUCUCCUGCUGGCGAAGCUCGUGUCUCGGUGUCACCUGACGGCCGUGAAUGAUGUGGACAUGGUCAUGCGUAUGGUUGGCGUGACGUCAGAGCCUCUGAAGUUACGAAUCGAUUCCAUAGAUCGCCCUUGCAGCUGAAAUGACUGUUUUCUGCGUACCAUGUAACUCUUCGAUAAGAAAAGGCUAAACUAAAUCCCGGUGACCUUCAUCAUUAUUGGGAAAAAAUCUUGA